CCCAAACCCAAACCCAAACCCAAACCCAAACCCAAACCCAAACCCAAACCCAAACCCAAACCCAAACCCAAACCCAAACCCAAACCCAAACCCAAACCCAAACCCAAACCCAAACCCAAACCCAAACCCAAACCCAAACCCAAACCCAAACCCAAACCCAAACCCAAACCCAAACCCAAACCCAAACCCAAACCCAAACCCAAACCCAAACCCAAACCAAAACCCAAACCAAAACCCAAACCAAAACCCAAACCCAAACCCAAACCAAAACCCAAACCAAAACCCAAACCAAAACCCAAAACCCAAACCAAAACCAACACCCAAACCCAAACCCAAACCCAAACCCAAACCCAAACCCAAACCCACGACUAA